UCCGUUCCAGACUCCAGUCGCUUUACCGCUUCACGCGCUCAUGAUGCUCUGGUUGUUCCUCGCGCUCCCGGCGCUCUCCGCCGCCGCUGUCUCGCGCGCCCCGCGCUCCUGCCCGCCCUGUGAGCCGAGCUCGUGCGCCGAGCCGACGGACUGCGCGUUCCGCGUGCUGGACGCGUGCGGCUGCUGCGAGCUGUGCGCUGCGGGACCGGGACAGGCGUGCGGGGGGCGCGGGGCGGCGCGGUGCGCGCCCGGCUUCGAGUGCGUGAAACCGCACGGCGACGUGAAGCCGAUGAAGAAGAAGAAGAACGAGACGGGCGUGUGCAUGUGCAAAGACGGCAACUACGAGGUGUGCGGCUCGGACGGGGUGGAGUACCGGAGCGCGUGCGAGCUGAGAGCGGCCAGCGCGUCCGCCGAGCGUCAGCAGAAACCCGCCAUCAAGGUGCAGAACAAGGGCAAGUGCGCCAAAGCUCCUGUGAUUGUUACGGGUCCCGGUGAGAUCUGGAACGUCACCGGUGUUCAGGUCUUCCUCAGCUGCGAGGCCAUCGGCGUCCCCACACCAGUUCUCACCUGGAGGAAGAUGACAUACGAACAGAAACCGUCUCAGCUGCUCCCUGGAGACCAAGACAACCUCGCCAUCCAGAUGAGAGGAGGCCCCGAGAAGCACGAGGUCACCGGGUGGGUGCUGAUUUUCCCCCUGACCAAGGAGGCAGCGGGCACAUACGAGUGCCACGUCAGUAACGCCUUGGGUGAAGCAUCAGCCACAGGAACCAUCCACGUGGUCGACUCCAUCGACGAUAUUCCCUCCAAGAAGGUGGUCCAGGAUGAUGAGCUGUAAGGAGUGUGUUCACCCUUGACGCCACCUCCCACAAGAUCAGGAUUGGGAUCGGACGAAGAACAUCUCUCACACACACACACACACACACACACUUGUGACACAUUACAUCACACAAGUUAGACAUGACAAGCCUUUGGAGUUUAUCUGCACACUGGCAUGUCUCUUACCUACACACACACACACACACACACACACGAACGCAAAGGUAUCCUAUUUUAUCCAUAUCCUUUCCUCAGCAGCUUUGUCACACACACACACACACACACACACCAAUCAGGAGAUUGAGACUGAGAUAGAUCAACCUCCAGGCUCUUGUUUUCUUCUUCUCAGCUGUUAGAUAAAAUCUAUUUGUAUUUUCUCCGUCGUCUUCGGGUACAUCGUGUAAAGUGUUUUGGAGACCAGGAGCUCCUGAGAUGUAAUCCAGAGGAGGAAUGCGAUAUGGGGUGUAACUCGGGGGUCUAAUGUCUACCAGGGUUUAAGUCUGGAGCGCUGUACGUGUAAGAGAGAGAGGAUUAUUGUUAUUAUAGUUAUUCUGCACGCAAUUACUUCCAACUAACGCACUUGUUUAAAUGUCAUCUUUUCAUUUAUGAAUAAAGUCUUUAUAACGUGA